AUGGAAAUCAUCAAUUAAGAGAAAUUUGAUAAGUAUUUAGUGAAUUAUUUCAUAUUAAACAAUUUAUUUAGAAUACCUAUUAAUCCAGAAAUUUAUUAAAGAGAAGUAAUUAUAUUUAUAAAUGAAUAGGAUAAUAGUAAUUAUUAAUAUUGGAGGAUUAAAAAUUGA